UAAUAUUUUGAGUUCUGAUUCAAAAUUAAAUGUGAAUAAAAAAUUGCAAAAUGGAAUAACUGAAAAAAAAAUGAAAUGAAGAUUAACAGUAUCUAUAUAUUGCACUUAGGCUCAAUAAGAUUUAAUGAUAAAAGCAGUUUCAGGUUCAUAAGUAAAUAGUUGAUAGAAUAUAUUCCAAACUAGAGAUGUGGCGUACGGACUGAAGGACGAAAAGCCAGACGGACAAAUUCAGAUCUAUAUCCCUACACCUUCUGAGAUUAUCACAAGACUGACAAAAUAGUUAAAAUAUACAAAUUACUAAAACACAAAUGUAGUGUACAAAGCUUAUAACUUUUACAAGGCAUACGCCACUUCUACAACAUUUAAAAGAUUGUAAGAAAUUUCUAUGCAUGUAUGUCAAUGAUACCCAAAAUCUGUUUCUUUUAAAUAGUUUAUGCAGCUAGCAAUGGCCAAAAUCAUUUUGACUUAUUCGUAUUGUUUCAGUAAUACAGAACGACGUACAAUCCAAGACUCUUUGGAUUUUUGGUCAAGUAACAGGGACAUUGUUUUACAGAAAUGUAGAAAAAAGCGUCAAGGUCGUAAGAGAAUAUGCACGGGGCAUAGAGUGUGGCAACCAAGGCGUUUUCAGAACGGAGACAUUCUCCCAGAGUUGCUUAUUGUCAAUGUUGAAGCAUGUGUAUUCAAGACAAAGAUUGGAGAAGUCGUUACCGUUGGCCCUAGUAGCAGAUAUACCGUGUUUGCCAUAACAUACGGGAACGGAAACCAUUUCAUAUGUGAAUUUUUCCACGAUGGUUCCGGUAAGCUAUAUGACGGGCUGAAAAAUAAAGUCCAGCCACAAAAGAAAGAAAUGCACGGAUAUACUCAAGUUCAUGCACUACUGCUUCGUGUCAGGCAAAAAAACGUACUUAAAGCAAUACUUUAAAUAAGUGAAAAUGUGUUAUUUGUAUCAUAUAUCACAUAGAACUACAAACGUGUGGAAGCUACAGUAAAGAAACAUUUCAUAAUAACCAUCGGCUUUUACAGAUGAAAACCUAAAAAUUCUACUGUUAAUUGCGUAAGACUAUGUGAACAACUUCAUUUUUCAUCUUGUGAUUUUUUCUAUAAAAUGAUUUGAGCUUUUCUCGUAUCAUGUUGUUAAUGUAAGUAAAACACAUUAUCUACUUACAAAUGCUUGAAUGUCUGUAUGGUAAUAUAGACUUUUGAGAAAAGCUUUUAUUUCUUUUCAAAUAACUGUCAUUAAAGGAUAACACUUUUUUUUCUGAUUAAAUAUUAAUGUAAUGGUUAUAAAGUAGCUUACCAUAGUAAGUUGUGUCUCUGAAACAACAAAUUGAUGUUUUGUUUUAAUGACAGACAAACAUACAAGAGUUUGCUAGACAGACUUUUGCCUAAACAUCCAGAUGGGUUUAUAGGUUUCAUGAUUAUUGAUUGCCCGGAGCAAAUCUCCUUAACUAUGAAAGCAUUUAGUUGAUAUUUGGCGCAUAAAUAGAGGUGAAUGACAGAAAGAAUUUACGUAUUUCCUUCUGUCCCUUAUUCGGAGUUGAAUAAGGAAUAAGGAACUGGUUCCCUAUUCCUUAUUCGACUAUAACAUUUUUUUCAAAAAAAAUUAUGUAGAUGCUUUAUUUCAAGAUUUUAAUGAUUGAUUCUUGCAAUUCUUAUGCUGC